AUGCCGCUCCCGGAGAGGGAAGGAGAGAAGGACUUGGGGGCGUUGGUGGUUUUAGGACGUGGCCCAUUUAGAUUAGCCAUUAGGAAAAAGUUCUUUACAGGGGCAAUCUCUGGAAGUCCCCUGAGGGAUGCUCUUCAGGAGGAUGUGCUGACGGAGCGAGUAAUUGGAGGCCACGAGGCCAAACCACACAGCUGGAAGUGGCAGGUGUCGCUUCAGACUGGCUAUGCUGCCUACCCAGGGCACUACCGUCACAUUUGUGGUGGAACCCUUCUCACAGGCCAAUGGGUCAUGACCGCAGCCCAUUGCCUCACCAUGCCCCCAGGAGCAAGCUAUCGAGUGGUUCUGGGUGAGCACAAUCUCUCAGAGGUGGAUGGUGCUGAGUACUCUAUUGGUGUGGAUAGAAUCUUCAUUCAUCAGGGCUGGAAUCCCAAAGAGAUCAGCCAUGGGUAA